GUCACUAACAGACAAGAUAAGUAUGCUUAUGGCGCGGCCUGGUGCCGAUAAUAUUCAGAAAGAUGACGUUCCGUGGUGGAUGCGCUACGCUGGACGAGGCCUGGGGACAGUUGGCAGUUUCAUUGCGAUCAUAUUGGGAUUGGUGAACUGCACAGGCAUUAUCCUAUUAAAUGUGACGUGCGUGAUCGCGGGCAUAUGGCAGAUGUUGGCCGGGUUCGCGGUGAUAGUCUGCGAGGCGCCGUGCUGUUGCUUCUUUAUUGAUUACGUUCAGGCGUUAUCGGACAAGAUGGAAACGCGACCGUAUUGGAAUAAGGCUGCUCUUUACAUCGGACUGUCGCUGCCACCAUUCUUCCUGUGUUUCGUCAGUUUGAGCACGUGGUUUGGCAGCGGGCUGAUCUUCGCCACCGGCGUUAUAUACCUCAUGAUGGCGCUUGGUAGAAAGGGAUCGCGCGAUGACAUGGCCGCGAUGGCGGCGGGCGGCACCACGCCCCCGGGGGCUCCGUUGGCGGCGUCGCAGGACCACAAGGUCACCCUCAUGGAGGACCCUGACGUCUGGCGUCCCAACUAA